AUGAGGGCUACAGACUCUUUACACUCCAUGUUUCUGAUGGUCAUUAUUAUUCUAUAUGUCCACUCUGCUUGUUAUGCUCAUAAUAAUAAUAAUAAGAAGAUUAACAUAUCUGCUGCCUUUGUAUUUGGAGACUCAACCGUCGAUCCUGGAAACAACAAUUACCUUCCCACCAUUGCAAGAGCGAAUUACCCACCUUACGGAAAAGAUUUUGCCAAUCAUGUCGCUACCGGAAGGUUCAGCAAUGGCCGGCUUGUCACUGAUUUUAUCGGUGAAUUCAUUGGCUUGAAAAGGAAUUUGCCACCUUACUUAGAUCCAAGUUUAACUAUGAACGACCUCAUGACCGGUGUUAGUUUUGCGUCUUCUGCUGGUGGUUAUGAUCCACUUACCUCCAAGGUUAACGGUGCUUUGACAAUGAUGCAACAACUAGAAUUGUUCAAAGAAUAUAAAGCAAAACUAGAGGUUUCUAUAGGGAAGCAAAAGACAGAUGAUAUAGUCAGAAGGGCAGGAUACGUUGUUAGCAGUGGCACAAAUGAUUUCGCUCUCAACUAUUACGGACCUACACUUGUUCAACGCUCUGCUUAUCCUAAUAUCUCGGAUUAUCAUCAUUUCAUGUGGCACAACAUUGAACGAUUCUUGCAGGGUUUAUUGGAUGAGGGUGCAAAGGUGAUAGGGAUCGUGGGAGUACCCCCGAUCGGAUGCUUGCCUGCUAUGAUUACUCUCCACUCCAAAGAAUUUGUUACCAACCGCAAGUGCAUCGAAAAUCUCAAUGAUGUAUCAAAGAAGUUCAAUCAAAUGCUACAAAAUAAUCUUAAGGGCCUUAAAACAAAAGGAACUAAGAUUGUGUAUGGAGAUAUAUACAAGCCUAUCAUCAACAUGGUUGAACAAAAGACCCAAUAUGGUUUUGAAGAAGUUCAAAAGGGUUGUUGUGGAACUGGGUUAAUUGAAGCAGACUUUUUGUGCAACUUCAACUCCCAACUGUGUGAUGAUGUUUCAAAGUAUGUUUUCUGGGAUUCGGUUCAUCCAACUGAAAAGGUUUACAAACUUAUCUAUGAAUCCCUUCGGACAUCCGUCCUUAAAGAGAUUAGCAAACCAUGA